AUGAGCAUGGAGGAGCGGAGCAAGUUCAAGGAGGAGACUCUUGUUCCCCUCACCCUCCUUUCAGAGGUGAACAAUGAUUCAUACGCGGGAGAGGCAGCAUUCAACAUGAUGAGCAUGGAGGAGCGAAGCAAGUUCGAGGAGGAGACUCUGGUGACGGUGCUGGCGGCAACAGAGGGCACGCUUCGGUUGCCGGAGAUCAAAUCUGCGAGUGACCUGAGGGAAGCCUUGACUCGCCUCGGCUCCAUUCCUGCUGAUGAGCUUCAGGUGACUUACCAUGUGCUUCAGGUGUGUUUCCAUAAGCUUCAUGUGAGGGUCAACAGCUCCAGGUCAUGCUCAUGGCAGCAUAGCAUGCUCCAUAGUCCCACAGAGCACCUUAAUGACACUCUCACUGAACACGACCUUAUUCUAUCUCCUCCCUCCCUCUCCCUCGCACACUUGGCCUGCCAUGAGCUGCCCCAUGUCCCUCUCUCUGUUCCAUAUUCCUACUUGCAACCCCUCACCCCCUUCUCACCCACCCCCUUUCCUCCUGCCUUCCUCCCCUCUCCCCUGCUAGGCGGUGAAGGCGCUCUAAAUUCCCCAAGACGUGGAGGAUGCUCUGACAGAGCGGGACCUGCUUUUUGCGUUGACUACCCUCAUACCCUCGCCCGCUCCCUCAAUUUUGCUUUGCCCGCGCUGGAGGUGCUCUGGACUGCCCAGGACGACGAGGAUACCCUAACAGAGCAGAGAGCGACAUGUUGCCUCAUUCUCAUCACACCAUCACCCUCCUUCCCACCCUUGUUCCCACAUUCUCAUUCCGUCCCCUCUCCCUCCCCCUGUCUGCCAGGCGGUGGAGGUGCUCUGGACUCCACAGGAUGA